AUGCGAGGCGAAAUCGAAUGUGACUACUGCAAAGCGACAUUUCGUCGCCAGGAGCACCUCACAAGGCACAUACGAACACACACCAGCGAGCGGCCUUUUGCCUGCCCGGAAUGCGGCAAAAGGUUUUCUCGCGUCGACACGCUUUCACGCCACACCGCGUCUCACCGCAACGACGCUGAGUCUUCAAUUGGGGCUCUCGUGUCUAACCGGGCCUGUAAAGAAUGCGCAACGAGUCGUGUGCGGUGCACUAGGACCGAUCCUUGUCGGCGCUGCGCCGAGAAGAACAUCAAGUGCGAUUAUCCGACAACUCGAAAGCGCAAGGCUUCCUCGACAACCCAGCCGAUCGACACCAUUAGUAGAGUCAAUUAUGACAAUUUUGGCUCAUCCCAAGAGGAGGUGGGUUCCGCGGAGACGGCGGCGCAUAGUGCAAGACCAUCUGGGCUUGACUAUAUCACGGAUGAGAGUACCACGUUGGUGACGCGGGUGCCCGUAUCACCGAAUCUCCGAGACCCGAACGUGUCGGAAACCAUUGAGCGCGCUCUCAUCGUUCAGGAGACAACGUCACACGAUACGGGUAUUGAGACAGGCGUGUUCUCAAACACGAUAGCUGAAGGGAUAACUCCUCCAGUACACCCUGUCGUCAACGGAAACACAAUGCAGCUUCCAGACGGCGAUGUGGUAAUAUCGAACCCCGGGGAUCUCUAUAAUAACUUCAAUCAAAAUCCACAGCUAGCGGAGGAGGAGUUUGUCAUGCCCUCGAUUAAUUGGAUGUCGCCCCAGUAUCAGGCCAGCUUUGACUGGAUCAGUCAACUCCCACCCUUCACAUUCGGGGCCAUUGACCCUGACCUAUGCGGCCUGCCGUUUCAACCCACGACCGCUACCGCGCAACCGCAAACGGAGCCAGGCCUCCCGAGCGUCGGAGUGGUAGAAGCGGAAGGACGUUACCAUCCUGUGGGGCAAGACAGCCAAACAGCGCCCAGCCUGGGCCUUCCAAUGCCAUCGCCUGGGCCCAGCGACAGCGUAACAAGAUCAGAGAUAUCCAACCCCGUCGAGGGAACCUAUUAUGUCGAUGGCAGUGAGGCUCGAGCAUCUUUCAAAGGUCGGGCGCAUCGACGACAAUCGAUCCUGAGUGCUGGAGGCCCAGUCAACUCUCCUUCCGAUGCUUCAACUCCUAUCAAUAGCUUCACUUCCGACUCUGGUAAAUCUGCGCACUCACAAGGAAGUCUACUGUCCAUUCGUGCCUAUGAAAAUAUUCUUGACAGUCUCCAAUCCAGACCUCAGAUCCGCCCUCCCAACUGGGAUCCAAGUGCAUUUCCACCAUUAGCAGAAGCCCAACUUCUCUACCGACUGUUUUUCAGGCACUUCCAUCCCACGUAUCCAUUUCUUAGACGAGAUCCCUCUGUAUACGAAGAAAAUAGCCAUUCGAUAUUAUGUCUGGGCAUCCUGGCUGUCGGUUCUAUCUUCUCUACGAAUCCCGACGCAAAACAAGUUCGAGAGGCCCUAUUCGCUCUUCUACGAGCAUCAUUGUCCCGACCAGAGCACAAAGACAAGUCCCCAGAGCCUCGGAAUUUUCUCUUUUCGGACCCUCCGAGCAAGUACGCUGACUUGCCAACUGUUCAGGCGGCCGUGCUCAAUGUUAUAUGCGUGCUUGGGAGCGGCAACGGAGAUGCAGUGAGGGAAGCACUGCUGGAGAGGAAUCAUCUGGUAGAUGCCUGUCGGUUUUUAGACGUAUUCAAGGCACCGGAGAAAACUUCUCUUCACACCAAGGACGAUAUGGAAAGUUGGCUAAGGACACAGUCCAGAAUUCGCGCUGGCCUCAUGGUCUGGUUGAUUGACUCCAUCCUCAUGUUUGAGUUUGGCCAUGCGCCUUUAUUGCAACUAUUUGACGUGAGCGUGACCCCCUUGCCGACCUGUGACGAUCUAUGGGACCACACAACUCUAAAGCAAGUCGCAAAAUAUGUCCAGACAUCAGUGACGGUUCUUGAGGCCCUGCAAAUGCUUUACAUGGAAAAGAGGCAUCCUCCAAGCACCGGCGGCCUCGGUACGGCGGUUUUGAUCUACGCCAUUCUUCGUAGAACUAGAGAAGCCAGUUCGCAACACCAGAACAAGCUUACAUUCUGGAUUCCCAAUGCCGCGGUGCAGCAAUCCACACCUGUAACGCCAGUCGAGGAAACUUGGCCACCCGCGUUACCAGUCAUCUCAAGAUGGCGUAAUAGUGCCUGUGACAGCCUAGACAUACUCCAUUGGAAUGUCAACGGCAUGAUUAGUAAAUCCGGUGGCUGGGAACCCCCUAUUGUUUUACACCUUCACCUCUCACGGCUUUUCCUCUUGACUCCUACCCAGCACCUGCAAACAUUGGCUACGGAGGCAUUGUUGAACUCAGCUGUUGACAGUGCCAAAGCUGCUAAAGCGCGAAGCCAUAUUCUCCAGUGGGCUCUGCGCGACCAAUACAAAGCAAGACUAUCCGUUAUACAUGCGGGUGCUCUACUCUGGCAUGUCAGGCGCUACAGUAGCGGCAGCUUUUUAGAGCCGUUCGGCAUACUCAUCGCGACUCUUGUAGUUUGGGCCUACAGUACGUCUGUGAACCUUGCCAGGCAGCAGCCCCAGGCAUUCAACCCUGAGAGUUCCAACGAGAAUGAUAAUGCUUCUUCUCAGCGUUCUCAUCCAGCAGACUUGGAGGAAGAUCCGGAACCUACGUUCUUACACUUAGAUCGACCAUGCGACGACGAGAUGGUCCAGCUGUAUGUCCGACUUGGCCACAAGAUGUCUGGUCACCUUUCGAAAGUUGGCGACAUUACCCUUCCGGACGCCCCCCGUAAGAUCUUGGAGCAAGGUGUAUACAUGCUAAUCGGCCACCCGCCGGAAAAUCGAGGAAUCGACGCCAGGGAGGAGGGUCCAACAGCACCCGAGACACCUCUGGUAUGGGGGGUCGAGAAACCAUGCGCUGAUUUGCUCAAUGGCCUGAUUCUGUUGGUAAAGGGCAUCUGA